AUGGCUCUGCCAUGUGGACUAGUCAAACAAUCCCCCGGUUGGAUUGUUUCCCCGUCGUUCUUAUUUCUCGGUAAGGAUACUUCCUCGCCGGUUGUACCAUUGGGUACGUUUUCGAGAGGGAGAUUUUGCCAAAUUUUUGGUAGACAGUCUCGGUCUUUAGUAAGUGGGCCCGGCAUUGGGGUAAUGUCGGAAUUUAGGCGGGGUCCGUCCCGGUUUCCCAGGAGAUUCGGGACGGGUCCUGUCAGUAAGUGUAAGCACGCAAGCCCUCAAACCAAACGGUGCCAAUCCUCAAACCUAAAACCUUAG